GUGGCGCCGGUAGCUAGGCAACAGUUCAAACUUUCAGCCGCUGCUAGCAAAACAAACCAGCCCUCGUUUAAUCCUGAGUUUCUCAUUUUUACUAAAUAAACACUGGGAGGAAGAGGAGUAUCUGCCACCUGAAACAUGUCGAAGCAGCAGCAGCAGCCAGCAAAGAAAAAAAAGCCUUCCUCCAGCAACGCCCCUUCAUCGCUAGGACACUCGCCCUCCAAAGAGGUCUCCUCAUCAGUGGUCAGUGCAUCAGAGUGCUUAGGGGAAGUGAGGAGGAGUCGCUUCCCUGUCUGGCCUGAGUGGAAUGAGACUGAGGUCAGUGCAGAGAAAUGGGACGUGGCCACAACUGCAAAGGAUGGCAAAGUCGGGAAGAGUCCAGUUAGUCAAUUCUUCGAUGACCCAGAGGGGAAGGUUGAUCUCCCAGCAUCUUUAAAAGUUCACACCUGGAAACGCCCCUCAGAGUACAUAAUUAACAAGGUUCCAUUUGUGGUUGAGAACGAAUCAACCUUUGAUCUCACUUCAGCCAAUGAACAUUUGCUCUCGAGUGAGCUGAUGCGCUGGAUCAUCAGUGAGAUCUGCAUCUUGUGGAAAGUCUGCAGUCAACCAACAGGCGAGGACACUAACCCCUGGAGACCUUGGGAACACAUCUAUUCUCUUUGUAAGGUGGCGAAAGGCCAUGUACCUCUAUAUAAUGUCUAUGGGAAGUACGUGGUGAAACUCUACUGGAUGGGUUGCUGGAGGAAGAUCACUGUUGAUGACUCUUUACCCUUUGAUGAACAGGACAAGCUGCUGCUUCCUGCUACCACUAUCCAAUCAGAGCUUUGGCCUAUGCUGUUGGCUAAGGCUAUCCUUAAGUUGGCAAAUACAGAUGUGGUGCCAAGCCCCAGGAGAGAGCUGGGAGAGUUCACUGUCAUCCACUGUCUGACCGGCUGGAUACCAGAGAUAAUACCCCUUCAAUCUCGAUAUGCAGGAAAUGUGUGGGAUUUCCUAAGGGGGGCCAUUCCAGACUUUCAGGUAUUGGAGGAGAGCUCGGAGGAGUCAGCAGAUUUUGCUGCUGCAAGUGACCCAGAGACCAAUGAAUCACCUUCACUGAACAGGGGAAAAGAAAAAGAUAAGAAGAAAGGCAAAGACAAGGACAAAGACAAAAAGCCCAGCCAGUCUAAUGAACCAUUGUGUGCCCAGUCCAAUACAGCCAUCCAACCCACAGAUGACAGCAGCGUGCCUCCCCCUGCUCCUCUGAUGGUUGUGUGUGCCAGUUACCAGCCGUUGCACCUGCAGGAGAAGAGGACCUCCGUGCUGGGACAGAUGGCAGACUCAUCAGAAAGACUGCGGCAGUAUGGGCUCUCCAAGUUCUACAGUCACCCUGUGCUGCUCACACGCACCAGAGCCUGCCCCCUGGUGGCUGUUCCAGAAUCGCCCCCCGUGCCUGCCUGGAAACUUGUACGCCCUCGCAAGAAGUGGAACAUCACAGAUGAGCCAAAAGAGACUCCAGUCCAGAAACCUGAACAGUACAUUGAAGUGUCCAGUCCCUUCAUCAAUUUCAGGCUCAUGGCCAUGGCUGCACCCCUUCAGCUGGAGUCUCAACCAAAUGGCUACAGGAGGCAUUUGUGUAGCUCUAAUCUGGCUUCAUUCAAUGAGACAGAAGAGAGUGAGGGUCCUAACCCCACUGGGCAUGACAUCACAGACAACAGCCUUGGAUCAACAGAUGCUUUGGACACCAACAAGGUAACAGCAGAGGACAAAAGGAAGGAUGAAAGCAUCCCUCAUGAUGCUGAUACAGCAGAAGCACCACCAGUUCUUGAGAAGAAUAAAGCAAGAGAGACGGACAAAGACAAGGAGAAAAUGACAGCAGCUGAUGAGACCAGUCCUGCACAGCUGCAGUCACAUGACUUGGAGAAAACCAUGCUUCAGGAGGUCUGGGUCCACCUGCAUGACUUCCCCAAAUGCUUUCAGUCACUGGUAAUUUUUCACAACCCAGACACCUACCCUCAUUACUCCCAGAAGUCCCAGUUUAAGAGCUACAUUGCAUCUAGAGGGGCAGCAACUACUCAGCCCAGUGUUGUGGGCUCAACCAACUCUGCAGCAUCAGGGAAACUACCAGAGUCUUCUGGAGCUACACACAUGCAGGGCUCGUACGAGAAGUGCUGUGACUUUCUGUUUGUGGAUAACCUGUUACCUACAGAGAUUCUCAUCUCGUUCUCAGCUCUGGUACACUGGGGAGGCACCAAGGAUGAGAACAAGGAGUGUGUGUCCAGAGCUGGGGUUCUGACGGCUCAACCUUUCUCCUGGAAAAGCAUUGAAUCUCAGUUACCCUGGAUUCACAUCCAGACCUCUGCCUGCAAAGCCGCAAUUCUCCCGCUGCCACCAGGACGUCAUGUCUUUCGUAUCCACAUGAUGGCGCCCUUAGGUUUCCACCUGCAGGUAUGCAGCAUGGCACCUUUUGUGUUUGGGGGAGAGGAGGAAGUGAUGCCGCACCUUGAUAAGGAGAGUCUGAGGUUCUCUCAGCAGGCCCUGUUGGUUCUUAGAGCUCUGGGUGGAGUGGUCAGCUCCUUCUCAGACCCACAGGAACUCCCAUCAGCCAGCAGGGUGCUGGAGGAGGCCCUCUGCCCUCCCUUACACAGCAAAGUGGCAAACAGAGAGCACUGGAGGGUUUUUAAUGAAGCCGUGUAUCACAUGUUCUGCUCUGUGCUUGGCCGUAAGUUAACUUCUGAGGAGCUGUUUGCAGUGCAGGCCCUGACUGGAGACCCCAUUGCCCAAUACAGCAACACAAAGGACACCGAUACACCAUCCGCAGAUGGUGCUCCAGAGGUCUCGAGCAAAAGACAGGCCACAGAGCAGGAAAAGCAGGCGGCGACCAUCCUGCAGGCUGGCUGGAAGGGCUACCUAGUGAGAGAAAUUCUCAGAGCUGCCAAACCAGGCUCUGAAGAGAAUCAGAAAGUUUCUCAGACGCUGCUGGAAAUGUGGGCUUCGGUGGAAUCGGAUGCAGAGAAACAUGCUGAGUCUUUAUUGAGGUACAUGAUCACUGAUAAUGAGCAAACAAUGGAGUUAUUCCCUUGUAAAGAGGAUGAGUGGACUAGAAUAACCUUUGCGGAUUACUCAGUUCCUGUUCCUGAGACAACUAACUCUUGGAUGCUGAUCUUUAGGGAAGUGUUCCAUGUUUCUAAACCUCUGCUCCUAGUGCCUAAAAUGUACUCUCCCCUCCGCAACUGUCUUCUUCACGUCAUUAACAAUGAGACUGGAGAGGAACUACCUAGAGUCUUUAAUAGAGUAGAGCCACGCAUAUACACACCAAAUAAGGCUGGCUACACAUUUUUAGCUGAGGCGUACUCUGAGGACACACCCGUGAUUGGAGGGAAGUGGCGAAUGCGGCUAAUUGGUUCUCAACAUCCACUGCCCCAGCUGGCCAGAGAAGCACCAGCCAGUACCUUCGCAGUAAAGCAGUUCAAAGAUUAUUACGUUCCUAAUGAGAAGAACAUUAUCUGCAGGCAUGCAGUGAAGGUGACAUGUGAUCAUGUAGCCACAGUGCAGUUCCAGACAUCAAAUGCAAAUGUCCAUAUUAAACUCAGCAUUUUGGACCAUGAGAAAGAGGUGGCAAGCAACCAGGGCAAGGGCCACGUCAUUAUCCCCAUCUACUGCUUCUCAGCCAGCAACGUCUCCUCCGGCACCGCUGAGGAGCAUGUGGGGGCGCGGUGGUCUCAGGACGGCACUGACGGGGGUCUGGGAGGAGCAAGUGGAAAGGCGAAGGAGAGCGAUGACUGUCCGCCUUCUGCCUCUAAGCUCCUUCCUGCCGAACUGGGACAUAAGUACAUUGUUCAGGCAGAGGUGCUUCACAAAAGCUGGCUUCUGGACGACUCACUGUCAGUCUUUAUCCAGACUCUCAGAGACAUUGAGCGAAAUGAGAUGAGAGUGUUUUCAGAUAAGCUAGAGGAUCUGGUUCCACCUGCUAAUUCAGACCAAACCAGCAGUGAGGGGCAAAAAUCAGCCACCAAAGCCAGUCGCAAGCCUAAAGACAAGGAGAAAGACAAAGCUUCAUCUAAGCCAAGCUCCAGGAUGGAACAGACUCUGGAUAUGAGUAAGCCUCAUUGGAUCCUACGUGUGGUGACUGAGAAUUCGGAGAUGGAGGGGAUGGAGAUGAGAAAGGACACAGAGGAACUGGACCAGAUCAAAGCCAUCAAGUUGAGCUGGGAGGCCGCUAAACCAGGGAGAGCAGCAAAGGCUCAUCAGACCCGCCUCAAACAUCUGGAGUCUCCUCGCAGUCCCUCCAACGAUGAAGGCAAUGGAACUCCUCUUCCCAAACACAAUAAUAAUAUGGACCUAACACUUUUCAUAAGGAGGACUGGCAAGCCAGUUCGUCUGAAAAAUGAACUGAUAGAGGAGGAGCAGAAGACUGAACGUUUAGAGAGGAUCCAAAGCUUUCGUUUAUUUUGGGAGACGGUGCAAGAACGGCAUAAGCAGGAGCUGCUCUCUCGUAAGGAGCUCAUAAGGAGACAGCUGGAGACUUAUGAUGGAAUGCAGGUGGCCCUAGCAGAGGAGAGACAGAAGAUGCUGCAUGCUCGAGAGAAAUUACGCUCCCGCCAGCUGGAGGAGGAGUCUCAGAAGAGAGACGUAGAGUUGACACAAGAGAUCAGCAGUGGCUCAGCGGCUGAUCGAUUUGUUCUGCCCAGUGGAAACAAAGAGGGCGGCUCCAGUGGCCCAGCCACAUCACUUUGACUUUCAGGGAAAUCUUGCCACUGUCACAUCUGACAGCUGGAUCAAGGUCAGUGUAUCAGGCAAGCUGAGUGAGACAGCAAGCCCUGACUCUCAACUGAAAUCGAUAAAAUCUAAAGACCUUUGCUUUAGACAAAAGGAAGGCGGAUUUCCUGUCUCAAAAUAUUACCAGUGAAAACGCAGCAGGCUGAAAGGACACAGAGGUAGGCAGCUGCCCCCUCUACCAUCCAUCACAAUGGAUUCUAAAUGUGAACCAGAAAGAAAAAUAAGACAGAAAUGAACAGAAAGUUCAGACAUUUACAUAACCACCGCUGAGCUUUCACAAUACACCCCCAACUUCCGAUCAAGUGAGGAAAAAAAAAAAACCUUGCCACAUUUAUAAGGCUAUAGCAGUUCUAGAGCAGACUCCAACAGCUUUACAUUAGUCACCUACUCAUCUUAAGAAUCAGCUAUGCUGAACACCUCCUAGCACCAGCAGAUUUAAUACAACCUUAUUUCAGAGUCUUAAAAAAUAGCAUAAAAACAGACCCACUGAGAAUGAUGGUUAAACAUACCAAAAAAGAGGUAGAACCUCACACUGACACAUUCAAACCCAGCAUUAUCUCACUUGAUGCUAAAUGGAACCACUUCCAAUGGUGCCACCUACUGGUGCUUCUUGUUAGGACUGAACUAAAGUAGUCUGAAUGUCUCUCCAACAAAUUAAAGUCAGAUGAUCCAUGUUUAUUUGAAUAUACUGUGUACUCUCAGUGUCUGAAUGAGUCUGUCUUGUUUUGUCUGGAGCAAAAAAGGUUUUGCUUCAAAUCACAUUGCAGUCAUUGCUGUAGGCAGGUGCCAUGAAUAGUCCUUUUUGUGUAAUGCCUUAUUUUGUUUCAUUCUUUUCACAACUAAAUGAUGCAUUUGUUUAUUUAUAUGAACAAUAUCUAUGAAAAAUAUCUUAAUUUGUAAAAAAAAAAAAAAUGCAUUUGUCCUAGUGCCUGUAAGCGAUAGAAGUGCUUAGUUCACCUCUGUUUCUGAAGUCAUUUGUCUCUUAGAAGCUCAUUUUCAUGGAUUUGUGUAUUUUCCAUUCCAGUGGGCAGUGAGAACACUUACUUGCAUCCACUCUUAAAAUGUCUCUGCUGAUGAUGGUAAUUGGCCUUAGAUCUCUCUCCACUUUCUCUCUCUCUCUCGUUCCUUCCAUCUCCCUCUCUUGCUGUUUUCCAUCUGCCACACGAGCACACACACACACAGGCACAUGCAACACACUUGAAGUGGUUUUAACUCUGACAGUGAGGAAUGAGUCAUUGCAAAGGGUGUGAAUUGUGCUCUGGAGGGACCUCGACAGUAGCUUAAGGUCAGGUGUGUGCGUUUGGAUGCCUGUGUGUGUGUGUGUGUGUGUGUGUGUGUGUGUGUGUGUGUGUGUGUGUGUGUGUGUGUGUGUCGUCUUAAGGAUGCAGCCUGUCAGUUCACAUCCAAGCAAAGGAAGCCUUAUUCCUCUGCUAACCGCAUGAGAGAGCUAAUCGCUAAGCAGUGGUGAGGAUACACAUGCACUAUAUGGACAUACAAUAUUUGAUGAAAGUACUCGAUACAAUCUUGAGUAUCAAAAGAAGCUGUGCUGCUUCUGUUGGAGUAACUGUAUUUACUCUACAAGGAAGUCUUUUUUACUGUAUUGGGGACCAUUAAUGAGAGGAUUUGAUUGCAUUCAGCAGUAAGAGUGUUAAUGUGGCCGGGAUGUUGGAUGAUCAUCAGCUCAACAGCUCAAUGCUCUUGUCAGUCCAGCCCUCUAUCCCGCACCUUGAACUUUGCAUUGUGCCAAUAGAUUCCUGUUUAUCUGCUCAAGAGAGUCCUAUUCUGUCUAUGUGUUAAAAUCUCUAGAUACAUUAGAAGGGGUGCCCACAUAUUCAAACAUACAAGUGCAUCUCAAAAAAAUAAUAUAACUGAAAAGUUACUUUAUUUCAGUAAUUCAGUUCAAAAUGUUUAAGCAUUUAUUUAUUUUAUUGUUAAUGAUUAUGGCUUACAGCCAAUAAAAAACAAAAAAUCAGUGUCUCAGAAAAUCAUAUAAGAACAAUUGGUACUUUUGGCAGUGUGGGAAAUGUGCCAAGUCCUGCAAGAAAAUAAAAUCCUCAUCUCCAUUAAAGUUGUCAGUAGCUUUAAACUGACUUUAAACUUGAUAAAACACAGUGGAUCAACACCAUCAACUCAUGUCUCUCCAAACCAUCACUGAUCAUCAGAAAAUUUCAUAUUUCAUUUGUAAAUCAAGGGACCAGAGUCUGGAUGAAGAGUGGAGAGACAAACAGUUCGAGCUGCUUGAGGUCUAGUGUGAAGUUUCCACCAAUCAGUGAUGGUUUGGAGAGACGUGUCAUCUGCUGGUGUUGAUCCACUGUGUUAUAUCAAGUCCAAAGUCACCGCAGUGUUUUCCUGGAAAAUCUUACAGCACUUUAUGCUUCCCUCUGCUGACAACUUGGAAUAUGAAAAUGCGGAUUUCAUUUUCCAGCAGGACUUGGCACAGUAACAAAAGAAGCAAUUGGUCUUUUAUAAUAUUCACAUUUUCUGAGAUACGUUUUUUUACAUAUAUAAUAUGAGUUUCAGUUCAUUUUGAACUGAAUUACUGUAAUAAAGUAACUUUAUAAUGAUACUCUAAUUUUUGAGAUGCACCUGUAUAGUGUAUGUAUUGACAUAUUGUAUAAAUACACACACAUACAUUAAUUAUUAAAAGUCAGUAAACAUGCAGAGGAUAUGAAUGUCACUUAAAGUGUGCAUGAACUUAAUAUUACAUAUCCCAGAUUUACUGGGCACUUCAUUAAAUGACAGUGUAUUAGUACAUCUUAAGGCAUAAGAGGCGUUACACAUGCAAACAUUAUUGGUUUCCACAGCACAUGCUAAGAGGAGCAGAGUGUAAAAGAGAGAGGGAGAGAUAAUAGAUUUAAUUGCAUCUGCAUCAUACCUGCCAAGUUAUUCAUUUCAUUAAUUUAUUCAUUCUUUCAUCAGUUUCUUCACUUGUUCACUCAGGGUUGCCUCUGUUGCAAACACAAUGACUCUACAGCUGCCACCUGCCAGGACAACACUGCAAACUCAGGCUUUUAUGUGUGUGUGUGUGCUUGUGUGUUGUUUUUGUGUUACUCUCUUUUAAAAGAGACAAAGAACAUGCUGCUGCGCCUCUACACAUGUACGUGUUUGAUGAUGGAAAAAUAAUUAAACAUGUUGUUUUGUCACAUA